UUCAGUUUACUGUGCUCUGUGUGCAUGACAGAGUGAGCAGAAUGGCAGAGGACAGCAGCAUUUCAGUAGAUCAUCUUCAGUUCAGCUGUUCCAUCUGCCUAGAUCUACUGAAGGAUCCGGUGACCACGCCCUGUGGACACAGUUUUUGUAUGGUGUGUAUUAAUGACUUUUGGGACCAUGCUACUCAGAGCGGAGUCUACAGCUGCCCUCAGUGCAGAGAGGCUUUCAUGCCAAGACCUGUCCUGCGGAGGAACAAUGUCAUGGCUGAAGUGGUGGACAAGCUCAAGAGAAAAGACUUGAAAAGUCCAUCUCCUGUUCAGUACAGCUCAGAGUCAGGAGACGUAGAGUGCGACAUCUGCUCUGAAAGUAAAGGCAAAGCCAUCAAGUCCUGUCUGGUGUGUCUGGCUUCUUUUUGUGAGACGCAUCUCAAACCUCACUAUGAUUCACCAGCCUUUAAGAAGCACAGGCUAGUCCAGGCCUGCAGACAACUACAGGAAAAAGUCUGCUCUCGCCACGACAAGCUGAUAGAGAUCUACUGUCGUACAGACCAAAAAUUAAUUUGCUCUUUGUGUAUGUUAGCUGGACAUAAAGGCCAUGACACAGCAUCCCUUGCAGAAGAAAGAACUGAAAAACAGAGCCAGAUGAGGCACAUGCAGAGGAAAUUUCAGCAGCGAAUCCAAGAGAAAGAGAAAAAAGUGCAGGACCUCAAACAGGCUAUGUAUAACCUAAAGCGUUCUGCACAAGCAGCGGUGGAGGAGAGUGAGAGAAUCUUCACUGAGCUCUUCCUCUCUAUUGAGCAAAAGUGUGCUGAGGUGAAGGGGCUGAUCAGAGCUCAGGAGAAAACCAAGCAGGAUCAAGCUGAAGGCCUGCUGGAGCAGUUGGAGCAGGAGAUUGCUGACCUUAAGAGGAAACACUCUGAUCUCGAGCAACUUUCAGACACUGAGGAUCACAUCCAUUUCCUCCAGAGCUUCCAGUCUCUCUCCUCUGCUUCCAAAGCUAAGGACUCUGCAACGGUGACUAUUAGUCAACAUGUCUCAUUUGAAGGAGUGAGGAAGUCUCUCUCAGAGUUUAAAGACAGAUUACAUGAAUUCUGCAAGGAGGAAUUUGACAAAGUCAAUCCAUACGUAGAUAACGUCCAGAUGUUUUUACCCUUUGAGCCAAAGACCAGAGAGGAAUUUCUACAGUAUUUUUGUCAUCUUACCCUGGACCCCAAUACAGCUAAUGAAGCACUGUGGCUGUCUGAGAACAACAGGAAGGUGACUCGCAGCGGUAGAAUAACACCGUACCCAAAUCAUCCGGAGAGAUUCGAAGCAUACGGACAGGUUCUGUGUAAGGAGAGUGUGACUGGACGCUGUUACUGGGAGGUGGAAUGGAGCAGGGGCGGGUGGGUGUACAUAUCAGUCUCAUAUAAAGGGAUCAGUAGGAAGGGACAAGGAAAUGAAUGCUGGUUUGGACACAACAAUCAGUCGUGGAGUCUGGAAUGCAGUUCCACUCUGUCCUUCUGGCACAACAACAUUCAGACCAAGAUCCCAGGCCCAUCGUCCUCCAGAGUAGGAGUGUAUGUAGACCACAGUGCAGGAACUCUGUCUCUCUACAGUGUCUCUGACACCAUGACUCUACUACACAGAGUCCAUACCACAUUCACUCAGCCCCUGUGUCCUGGGUUUUGGGUCAAUGUACUUGCAACUGCUAAGCUUUGUUACUCUAUAGAAUGACACAGACCACAUACAGCACUUGUACUGUUAUUCAGCAGCAAAAAACAGGGGCAGUCGUGGACUGGAGGUUAGGGAUCUGGCCCUGUGACCGGAAGGUUGUCGGUUCG